AUGUCAUUUUCUUUAACAAAAUCAUUACUUAAAAGAACAAAUCUUCAUAAAAAUUUAUUACAAACAAGAAGAGCCAGUGGAGGACAUGGACACGAACCAGAGUUUAAUGAACCAAGUGGUUAUUUAUUUGGAGAAAAACCACCUCCACCAGGACGCGAAAAUAUUAAUAUAUGA